AUGCAGUGAAAGGCUUGCGCACUGGACAAAUUAGUUAAAAAGAAACUUGGCCAUCAACUUACCCACUGAAGUAAAUCCUAGGUUCUUUGUAUUCGCAGACAGAACACACCACCCACAAAAAAAAAGAAGAAAACCAAGACAAAUCAGAGACACAGAUCUGGAGUGAUUAAAUUUGUAAAGAGGAACCACAGACAGAGAGUAGGGCUGCUAUCAUGUCACAGGCACUCAAUAAUCCCACUGGAGGCGGCAGUUCACAUCGUGAUUAUGGUGCCACAUCGAGUGCCACACCCGAGGUUAGCUUUGCGGCUGCCUCCAAUUCGGGCAAUUCCGGUUUCAGUCCUACAGAGUUUGUCUCGCUGAGCGAGGAUAUUGGCCACAAUAUCACGGCGAUCAACAGUAGCACCAAGCAGCUGGAGAAGCAACUUAAAAUGAUUGGCACCCCCAAGGAUUUGAAUGCGUUGCGCGAGAAAAUACACAGCAUCAAUAAAAAGACCAAUACCCGUGUCCAGGCAACCAGCAGCGACUUGCAACGGCUCCAAGCCGUUGUGCGUCAUGGCGAUCGCCAGCAGAAAUUGCAGCUGGAUAAACUGACUCAUGAGUUUCAGAACGUUGUCGAGAAAUACUCAACGCAGCAGAAGCGAAUUUCGCUGGCCACCCGGCGUAGCUAUCAGGCUGCCGCUGCCGAGCAGGAAUCGGAGAUCGGUGCCAGAUCGCAGCUGCUGCAGGAGCAGCGGGAGGAGCAGGCGGGCCUCGAGCGCCAACACGAUAUGCUCGUGGAGCGUCAGCGCCAAGUUGAACAAAUCGAGGCAGACAUCAUCGAUGUGAAUGUCAUCAUGAACAAGCUGAGCAACUUGGUCACUGAGCAGGGAGCGGUGGUCGGCACCAUCGAGGAAACCAUUGAACAUACGACCGUUAAUGUGGAAGAGGGGCGCAGCGAAUUGGAGAAAGCGGCUGCCAGUCGUUAUAGCCACCGCCGUAAGAUACUAAUACUUCUAGUGAUUGCUGUGAUAAUAGGAUUAGUCGUAACUGGCAUUAUAGUCGGAAAAUUGAGUUAAUUGUUUCACAUACGUUUCACAAUAGAAACAUAAACAUCUACACACACACACAUAUUUAAUAAUUCAUUAAAAUUUUCUAAAACUAUUUUUAUAAAAAAUAAUACAAAAAAAAAACAAUAUAAUGCAUUAAUCACAAAGUGAGGAAAAGCGCGCGCCAAGCGAGCAAAGACAAAACAGCAAACAUUAAAUACAAAUACGAGUUUAAAUCGGAAGCGCGUUGUAGAUUUUAGUUAUGUGUAUGAAAAUAAUAAUUAUAGUUAUAAAUAUACAUAUAUGUACAACAACAAAACAAAAAAAAAACAUUUAAAAUUAUAUAACAACUUACAAUAUUUAGCGCUUUUAAAUGUUAAAUUAUUAUCUGUUAAAACAAAUAUCACAAUAAUAAUUUGCGUUUUGCAUUGAAUG